AUGCCUGACCGCUUCUAUCCGAGUAAACCUUCUCUCCAUCCCUGUCUCUCUCUCUCUCUCUCUCUCUCUCUCACUCACUCUCUCACGCACACCAUCCCUGUCAUUCUCUCUCUCCCUAUCCCGCCAUUAAACACUUCUUUCUUCCCUUCUUUCUUUCUUCCCUUCUUUUCUUUCUUUCUUUUUUUCUUUCUUUCUUUUUUUCUUUCUUUCUUUUUUUCUUUCUUUCUUUCUUUAACUGGCUUUUAUUAUGCAACACAACGUAAACAUAUAACAUUUCUUCUUUUUUUAACUUUUUUUCUUCUUUCUUUUUUUUUUUCUCUCUUUCUUCUUUUUCUUUAUUUCUUCUUUUCCCUCUCUCUUUCGUCCUGCCUCUUAUCUACACCCUGGACAAACAUUUAUGCCCUCUCAUCUAACCCCUUCGGCAAACAUUUACACCCUCUCAUCUACCCUCUCGGCAAACAUUUACACCCUCUCAUCUAUCCCCUGGACAAACAUUUACGCCCUCUCAUCUACCCCUUCGGCAAACAUUUACACCCUCUCAUCUACCCCCUGGACAAACAUUUACGCCCUCUCAUCUACACCCUCAACAAAUAUUUAUACCUUCGAUAG